GGCUCGCCGCGGCGGCCCGCAGCGCGCGCCUCCGCCGGCUGCUGCCCGAGCCCGCCGAGCGCGCGGCCGCCCUCGGCGCCGCGGCGGGCGCAGCCUCGGCUGCGCCGCGGCGCGCCGGCCUCGCCCGCGCGGCGCUGCUGUCGCCUCUGGCCGCCUGGGGCGCGCUCCGGGCGAGUGCCCCGCUGGCCGGUCUUCUCGGCGGCUCGGCCGGGGCCAGCACCGCUGCCGUCACGGCUUGCUCUUGGCUCGCCGGCUGGCUGACGCGGCGGUGUGCCGGUGGUUCGGCGGGCGCCGUCGCCGUUUUGUGCCGGUGGAGCGGCUGCUUGCUGAUGCUGGUGUUCUUCGCGUCGAUCGGGGCGCAGGCUCGGAUCCCCGAGCUGCUCACGUCCAGCGCCUCGUGGGUCGGCUUCGCCGCCGUGUGCCUCCUGGCUCACGCCGUGGCGCUGCUGAGCGGGGCCGUGGCCGCGAACGCGCUGCUGCGCCGCGCGCCGCGGCUGGCCCCGGUCGCUGGGUCGGUCAGCCUGGACGAGGUGCUGGUGGCGUCGAACGCGAACGUCGGCGGCGCCGCGACCGCCGCGGCCUUCGCUGGCGCGACGCUGGGCAGACCAGACCUAGUGCUGCCCGCCACUUGCAGCGGCAUCCUGGGCACCAGCAUGCUGUCUGGCGAGCUCUGGGGCCGCCUGCGGGACCUGCUGGACACCGCCGAGGACGACGGCGCGCUGCCGUUCAGCCUCGACGCCCACGCCGUGAAGUCAGGGUCCACGCGCGGCCUCUGCGAGGUGGGCGAGCAGGUCCUGCGGAGGGCGGUGGCCGAGCAGGUGGAGCGCAGCGGCGCCCGCCUCCUCUCGAGGCGCCGCGCGGGGGCCGGCGGCGCGGCGCGGCUGCCGCUGGACGACCACGCCCUCGGGCGCUUGUUCGACGCGCUUGGGCUGGACGGGCACCUGCGGAAGCACCCGCGGCCGCUGGAGGCCUGGGCCAAGGCGGAGGUGGUCCGUGCGCUGGCCGGCGAGGCGCACCGCGCCUGCGAGCUGGAGGCCAGCGCCCACGCGCGCGGCGGGCGGGGCUGGCGCUGCGGGGCCUCGCUGGUGGAGGACCUGGCCGCUGGGCUGGUCGAGUUGCACUCGGGCGCGGCGCUGGAGGAUCAGAUCCGCACGGCGCCUGGCUGGGCGCGCCAGAGUACUGCUGCGCCUCCGACUGGGACUGCUACCCUUCUUCGCCCGGGCGGCCGGACGCGAUCUUGGUGUCCCACUUGCGCGCCGGGAGCGCGAGCGCCAUCGUUUCGCGGCUGUGCGAGCUCUGCAAGGCGCAGCCGCUCGGGCCGCGGGAGCUUCACGACACGCUCGGGUCGGAGCUGCCCGCGCUGA